AUGAGCCGCGUCAAGGGCAUCGCCUCAUUGAUUCUGGCGUUUGUUGCCUUUGUCGUCAUACUUUGCUGCCUCUUUGCGGGCACAACACCACGCGCUCUCGACAGCGUCAAUCUCCUCAGGCUCUACACCCCCGAAGGCAACUCCAUAUCCUCACCACACGACUUCUACUCCAUCCACGUCAUGUCCUACUGCCAAGGCAUCAUCAACGCCAUGCCCGCCGGUACCACCGACCCCUUCGGCUCGCUCGACAUCCGAUCAUGCUCGAACCGGACAGUGCUCUUCUCGUUCGAUCCGACGAUUGCAUGGCCUCGCAAUCUCACGCACGGAGCGCAAUUGCAGUGGCCGCGGGUGAUUAGUGAUGAUUUCCGCGCGUUUCAGAUGACGAGUCGGGCGAUGGCGGUGAUUUAUAGUGUGGGCGUGGGUGCGAUUGGUGCGGUGCUGGUGGUGAAGAUUCUGGCGUUGUCGGUUCCGAGGUUACCGCUUGGGGUGUUUGAUGUGGGAUUUAUGCUGCUCAGCACCCUCUGCAUCGGAAUCGCAUCCGUCAUCGCCAACGUGCUCGCCUUUGAGCUGGUGCAGCUGAUCAAUGCGCACGGCGACGGAUCAAACGUGUAUGCGCAGUACGGGGGCAAAUUUCUCGGCAUGACAUGGGCGUCUACGGCGUUGAUGGUCCUGGGGACGUGGUUCAGUUUCUCGAAUGCGUUUUCGCGAGGGCAGGAGCCGGCUCCGGCGUCGGAAGAGCAUGCGCUGGCGCCGUCGAAGGACGAGGAGGAGGGUUAG